AUGAAGUUGAAGACGGAGAUCAAGCAGGAGUCGUCCAAAAAUAUCAAGGUGGAAGUCAAGGAGGUCAAGCAGGAGGUGAAGGAGGAGGCUGCGAAAGAUACAGAUAUGGAAGUUAAGGAAGAGAGCAACGAGGUUAAGGCUGAGAUCAAGCGUGAAGUGAAGCAGGAGGACCCCUGUUUGUCAACAUGUUUGCAAGGUCACUGGGCAUCUUGGUGCUUUCAUGGCGUCAAACGGGACAUGACACCGCACAGGGAGUCGCGGCUUGGCAGCGGUCAGAUACCUCUCUUCCAGCUAGUUCGCUUCAAUGUGCAGGGACUUCCUCCCUUGACUGGCGUAAAGCAGGAGAAAGCGGGUGAGGUGCAAGUUAAGCAAGAGGACUUUGAGCAGCCUGGGCCGAAGAGGCGUCGAUUGAGCCAGAAGAGUCCGGACGUCUUCGUUCCAUCCUUCGAGUCGCGAUUGACAGAGUGGGCCGAGAAAUGCCUAGCAUUUCAAUCCUCUGGCAAGACGUGGCUGCCCACGAAGCCCUGCUGCCCGGCCAGCCCUUUUCUUGGAUUGGCGGCAGCUCCGUGGCAAGGAUGUGCGAGAGACAAGACAACAGCAUGCGUGCAGCUCCUCGGCAAAGAGCAGUUCAGAGAGUUGCGCGAAUUCUACCGCGAGAACCCACACCAUGCUCUCUUCCAUGACAACAGUGACCCGAGCAGCGAGCGACAGUCAGCGACCACAGCUGGAUCCAGGCCACAGGCCCACAGGAGCUCAACCGGCAAUCAGCACCGAGCAGCUGAGUGCAUGAAGAUGUGGCCUUGGAUGCGGGACCUUCCCACGCGAGCUUGGGCCGGCAACGGCUGGCUGCUCGUGGAGGACGGCAUGAUGAAGCUCUCCCCGACCGGAGGGGGCUCCGCCAUGCAGGGCCUGGAGAUCUUCGAGUCCGUGGGCUGCGUCCCGGAACCCGACGAGACGAAGUCCCCGGAGCCACCCAGUGGGGCCGAGCCCAGAGCCGAGCAAGGCCAGGUCGUCACGAGGUGUUUCCGUGGCCUGGAGCGCCAGAGCGGCAUCCAGGGAAUCAGCUGGCGAUCAGCGAUGUCUUCAUGGCAAGUUUCGUGGCAAGUGGAGGGCAAACGAACGAGGUGCAGUUUCGCCAUUUCCAAGCACAUGAAGCAGGGCCUCAGCGAGGCCCAGGCCGUGGAGGCGGCGCUCCAGGAGGCCAAGGCUUUCCGCGAGGAGCUCGUGCGCCUGGGCAAGCUGAAGCCCCCUAAGCCCGUCACGGAGAGAUCCGGCGACUCCACGGUGAAGGGUGUUAACUACAAAAAGCGUGGAUAUUAUCAGGUGGAGCUUGUAGAGCCCUCCACAAAGCGGAAGGUGCACGGUGGCACAUUCAAAGUGAAGGAGGAGGCCGAGGCCAGGGCUCUCGAGCUGGCCAAGGAGUUGGGGCUGCAGGAGGAGGUGGUGCGGGUGAAGCCGCUCUCGGAGCUCCCGCACUUCGAGCCGCUGGGUCCACAGCGAGGGAUCAAGUGGAACCGUGGCGAGCAGGGCUGGCAUGUCCAGUGCAACGUCUCUGGAAGCAACAGGCACAUGAGGUUCCGCCCGACGGACUUCUCGACGAAGGAGGUGGAGAAGUCCUGGAAGCAGGCGGUGGCCUGGCGCAAGCAGCAGGAGAAGGACAGGGAGCGGAUCCAGCAGCUCCGCAAGCGCUGA